AUGGCCGUGGUGUCAAACUCUUCUCUCACCCGGCCUCCGUUCGGAACAUUUCGUCUCCACCUACCCGAGGACUCCGUGGCGACGGAUCAAAGACUAAAGCGACAACAAGCGGCCGGCAGAUUUCCCUCUACGUUUACCACUUAUGACAUUCCCUCGUUUCAAGAGAAAGACGAGGCGUUUUUCCGCCGGUUUGCUGAGCAAGGAGAGCGUCGUGUGGACGCUCCAAGACGCAGUGAUACUCCGGUUGUCGAUCCUAUAAGUGGCUUUACUUCGGUAGGUGCUGAUGCGGAAGAUGGUAAUUAUAAACAGAUCGAACCUCUAGUGAACAAAGAUCACCGGCCACAGUCGGCUGUUCCGUAUGGUAGACCUAUUGUUUCACCUAUUCCGGACUUGAGAAGUCAAAAUGCUCCCUGGGAAACCAAAAAUAAAGGUAAGGUCUCGUAUUGUGACUGUAACUAACGCAAGCGUUGACAACCGUAAACUGUCACUCAGUGCUUUUUGUUUAAACUAAGUGUUUUCUAUUUUCUCUAACCAGACGUAUUACGGUUACAUUUUUUCACUGAUUUAAAUUUGUUAUCACAGUGGCAGAAAAAUGAACUCCAUUAUAUUACCAUGUAUGAGUUACGUUACUAUGUAUGGUUGUGCGUGACAAUGUUCAGUCACGCUUCCUACAUUCCCAUGGGGCUUUCCGGUGUACUGCCAGAAGCACCUAUACUAUGAAACUGGCUGAAAGUGUUUUCUCAAGCGUUUCUUGCCUGUUGGAUGGCUGGAAGUCACUAAUUUUAUUAUCAUUAUUUAGAGCUAGAACAGCUUGUGCAAUCUCCAAGUCAGUUUCCCGGAUCAAGAGAGGCAAAAGACCUUGCAUCACAAAAGGUAGCUUAAAGAUAAUAUUUAUAUACCUCGCUCUGAUCUUGCUGAUCAGGUUUUCUCUGGAGAUGAAGUUGUAAGAGUGCUAAAAUACUUGAGAUUUGUAAGCGGAGGCGUAAUCUAGGUCAGAAGAAUCAGAACAUUCCCAUUAAUUUCUUCUUUCCACUCCACUUAAGAUUCCAACAUUGCUUACAGUCUAGUGAAAACCAGACUGUUGGAUUUGGAGGCAGAAGUGGAAGGAUAAAUCAAUCACAAUACUUUUUCCCAUGCUUUGUAAUUGGUUUAGUUCUUGCACUUCUGCUCUCGAUACUGACAACCAAGUAUUCACUAGGGUACCUCAUAAGUGCAUGAUGGAGUCAUCAGCAGAAUCAGAAUGCUGUUUUUAGUGGAUCAUAAAUGCUCUACUCUUCUGAUUGUUACUUUGACUCUGAAAACCAGUCUUUAUGGACGAUAGCUUGAAAAGUGUAGCUCAACAAAUUUACAUGAACAUGAAGUAACUCUUUGAGUAUUAAAAAAACACAAAACUAUCAUCGUACUGAAAAUUUUAUGUGCAAAAACUUUGUUCGUGAAAGUCUAAAAGUUUUUACUUCAUUCUUGGUUUAGCUAUUUUGAACCUAAUAUCCAUGGAGAUUAGUCUAGAAAAAGUUUCACUAAAUCAGAAAAUAGGGUACUGAGUAGGCCAAGCUCAUGAGUAGAUCAUAAUUAAAGUAGUACUAACUUUUCUCUUCCAUUUUUUAACCAAAACUCUGAGGGUUCUUUAUAGACAUGUGCCGUAUUACCCCAAAAUUAAUCACUGCAUACUUAACAUCAAUGUAUAUUGCUUUUCAAUAAAACAAAAUUCUCAUGUAUGAACGAAUCCUUCCCCAGCAACCUACUGACAGUGGCUUCUUACUAAUUUCUUAAUUACCAAUUAUAAUCUCUUAUUCUUUGAAAUUAUUAUUUAUUUAAUAUUUGUUUUUUAAGGUUCCUACAAGUGAACUGUUAAAGAACAAAGAAUGGAGAGAUGCUGUUGCCACCAGAGCAUUUUAUACAUCAGAAACUCAAAAGUGUGUAAAAUUUAUAUAUAAUAUUUUUGCUUGUUUGUCAAAGUGACAAUUUUCUUAAAUUUAGUCCAGAAAAAUUCCAGCAGUUCUCUAAGCCCCUGAAAUAAAAAAAGUGCAGUCGUACAGUUAUUAUUAGAACAGUACAUGAUUACAAUACAGGUUACACGUGUAUUCUGACUGCAUGUGUUGUGAAAAUAGCAGAGCUCCACGCCCAUAUAGCUAAGACAAUUUGUUUAUCAUCCAUCCAAGAAAUUUUGGUACUCUCGUGGUCAUCUUAUGUGUCUGCCCGUCUGUCCACACCACAGAAAGCAAUUAUGCAGUCCUUAUAACUGGUGUGGGACCCUGCCACAUGAUUUUGUACUUUUAUUUUGCGGUCAAUUAACAGCUGUCAAACAAGGGUGUCUCCUGACCUGAGUAGCACAUGACCAUAAUGUGGGCUUAGGUGUCUACCCAUUGAGGUUACGUGGUUCUUUAUGUUCUCUGCUGACAAUAAUCUUAAGUUACUAGUUUUUAACAGAUCACAGGCUCAUCUCUAAGUGGAUUUCUUUACAUUGGUUGCAAGUUUAUUGUUUGAAGUAAAUUAGCCUUGGCUAUAAUCGUACAUAUUCAAAAAUUAUGUCAGAGAUUGAUCAUUCAAGUUACAUCUAUAGACCCUUAUAAAUUUCAGUCAUGUUUGACCACUGAUUAAAUGAAAGAGAUUUAUUUGGUAAUAUCUCAUUUGGCUGCAUAAUUUGAUGUCCAGGAAAUUCCACAUUUAUUUCGUUCGUCUUAUUUGGAAUUACACAUAGAUUUGAGAAGAUGCUAAUGUCCUUCUUAAUUUCCUUGUCAACAGGUUAUACAGUGGAGUUGAUUGGAGCUCCAGAAUUCCCCCUUCCCUCCCUCCCCCGCCCACUACAGUCGAGCGGCAGCCAGACAUGGUGUCCUACAGAUUUGCUAACAAGCGAUAUGCACCCAAGGCUGAAACUUGGCAGGUUAGCUAGGGUUUUGUAUUUUGUUUACAUUGUCAAUCAAAACAGGUCUCAUCACUUUUAGUCAUUUGAGUCAGAGAUUCAGUGGAACAUUGAUAUAAACAAACCCAUGUAUAUAUAUAUAUAUAUAUAUAGCAGAGUCCUCAAUAUGGGUAAUUAUUGAAAUUGUUUACCCCAGUAACUGUAAAAUAUUUGGUAAAAAAACUUGAUAAUAUAAUGAAACCUUGUUACCAGUAUAUCCCUUGACCUUUUGUUUAUUGAGGCUCCACUAGACUGUAUUUCUACUACAACAAAUUUCUUUCCUCAAGGACACCCUGAUAAUAAUAAUAGAUAGUUAAGCAAAAUCCCUGGGAAAAGAUGUUUGACUGUAGAGAUGCUGUCUGUAUCACAGAGAGUUGACUGUGAAUAAUAAAAAAAUAACUAAUGUUGUUUUGCUUACUUUGAUUUUCUAUUUUUGGUUUUUAGCAAAUUGGUAGCAGACCGCACAGCUGGGAUUUUGUGCAGUCAAGGAAUGGAUACCAUACUUAUGGACCCACUAAUUUGUAAGUUGUCUCAGUGAUAUAUGAGCAGGGUGUAGCAUAAUGGGAUAUAAGUGCAGCAAAUGGGUAGUAGAAAUGAUCUUGAAAUUUAUAAAGUUACAGCGCUGCAGUAGACUUACAUGUAGUGAGAUACUAGGAGUGUGGUUGUGUGUCUUCUGUGAUUGGUAGAAAUAGUAGGCCAGGCCAGAAAGUCCAGUCAUUCUACUAUUAAUCAGGACUAUCCAGCUGGGUCAUGGAGUCUAUUUUUAAUUAGGUGGUGUGCACGGCAGUGAUAGGUUUUUGCAAAAUUCUAGGGAAAAAAAUUCAUUGUUAAAAUGACCAAUUGUGGGGCAGGCCAGUUCUCUGACUUUUGGGAAGGGCCCUUAGAAAAUAAUGGCAAAAAGUUUAAAACAAAAAAAUAGUUUAAAACUUAAGUUGAAAGUAACAUGACUCUAUGCGGUUUAAUAUCUUACUAAAUAAGUAUCGAGUGUCUUUAAAUGGCAGUUGUUUGGCUUGCAAAACAGCCUGCAUUUUUGGGUAGGUCAAGAAUGUGCUGGCAGUCAAUCGAAAGGACUUCAGCGAUGAUUAGGAUGUUAAAAUCUCAUGCCAAUGGUUAGCGCUGUAAAAACUAGUAUUGAGGAAAAAUAAAUGGAUUGUUUUGUAGUCUAGCAGUUUUUUUUUUCACUCAGGAUGGGACAAUGAUUACUACUAUUCUGCACAUGUGGUGGAAUGAAACCUAUUUUACUAUCCUGACAUGAAUUGUUCUUUAUGUUUAUAGCUGCAGCCCAAGCAAGAAGACUGGGCACAUUCCGGGAUACAGGUUUGUUUUGCAUUUAUUUUUUUACCUUGAUCUGGCCAUUAGGAACGACUUUUAAACUACCAUUUUGCCUCAAGUUGGAAUUAUUAUGAAAGUCAGUUAUACAAUGCGUUUGUUGUUUCUGAAGUUUGUAACCCAGUUUGUGUGUUAUACAUUUUACCUAUAUUGUUGACAAUGUGAAAUAAUAUGAUCCGUUGGGUACUCAACAAAGUUUUAUACAAAGAGGCUCGGCCCUGAGGCCCAACCCCUUACCUUUGUAUAUACAUUGUACCUUUUUUGGCUGAAAACGUACACCUUUUGUAUAUCUCUUUUUGACAAAUGGCACCCCUUUCAUAUACCUACAUGUAGUUUAAUAAGAGCCUGGCAUCCCUUUAACUGCUGCAAAAACACUAUAUUUUAAAUAUGGAUAAAUCAUAAAAACAAAACGUUUUUGAAAUGCCUCUUUAGGCUUGUUACAGAGGGAAAUGACAUAUUUCACUACCCUUUUAUAUACUUCAACUGAGAUUCCCACCUUUCAUAUAUCUGAGGCCUAGAAAUAGGUACAUGUACCCCGUUUGGGUGAAGCCUUCCUGUAUAGGCCAUAGGAAGUAUCUAGCCCCCCGGGGAAGUGAUGUGAAAGCUUAAAUUUUGAAACGUCCUGUAGAACAUUUACAGUCAUGAGUCAGUUGUUCGUACAUGAAGUUAAUUGCUGACAGACUAAAACGAGGAAAAUCAUCAAAUACCGUAAAUCUUCUAAUAAGCCCCCUCCCUCCCCAGCCCUAAUUAUUCUCGACUAAUAAAGAAUAGACUGAAUUAAUCAAUCAUGACUGUAAAACUUCAUGUGGACUGAUCCGGGAUGGUUUAUGGAGAACUGAUACCAUCAUCUUUUCUUAAUCAAAUAAGCCCCCCUCUCAAAUAAGACCCCUGUCUCUAUUAGUAACCCCCCCCCCCGCCACCCCCCGCCUCUUAAAUGGGCUUGAAAUAGAGGAUUUAGAAUAGAAUAAAAUAAUUCUUUAUUUUGAACACGGUAAAAUUCAUCAGGAGUAUAAAGAAUUAAAUAAAUAAAUAAACCUAACUGCCCUAAACACUAUGCAAAACUAUCUACAAUUAACCUAGCUAAGACCUGUUUUUCAUGAAUGCGGUGUACACAAUUACUUAAAAAAUCAAGAAUUCAGAUGAGCCAAUCUUUUAAAUUGACUUAAAGAUUUUAUUUAGCCUCUCUCAUAUCACAGGGCAGGCUGUUCCAGGGAACUGAAACUGUUCUUCAUGAAGUUAGUUCGCGGGAAUGGGACAAUUAGUUUGUUAACAGAGUCCCUCAGGGAGUAGCCCGUUCUUUGUCUUCCUGUAAGUGCUACGUUUUCGUUUUUUUAGUGGACAUUCCCCUGGUUACGGAGAAAGAGAUCAUCCAAGAAAAACCUUUAUUCCUAUCGCUGUAUUGCGGACUUCAAAACCGAGAUAUACAGACACAGCAAAGUAAGUUUUUUUGUUCACGUUUAUUGGUAAAUAGAGCCUAACUCUGUAAAAUGAUUUAUGGUGCAUUUCUUACUACAGCUUUUAAUUUGCUGACAUUGGCCUUAACACAUUUAUUUCCGUGUUGUCAGGCGUGGUAAUAUUCCUGGUUACGCUGGUUGUGUGCUGUCUUCAGCUCAUCAUCCAAGUCACAGCAGAGAACCAGAUCCAAAAACUUGUACAACGGCAAGAGUUCACAGGUAUGGGUAUAUACUGAUCGGGGGUCGCUCAGAUUGUCUCGUCAGGACUUUUAAACUCUGAGAUUAUUUGAGAUAAAGUGGGUAAGACUCUAGGUGCAGCCGAGUUUCUUUUCGGACUUGAGUGUGUUUGUUUGCCGUUUAAAACUCUUUGAGUAUCAAGCAUGAGACGCAGUGUUUCAUCACCAGAUGAAACACCGAAAAAAGAGUUGAAAAUACAACGCGCGGCUCAGAAUUUUUGACGAAAUUCGGGGUUUUUCAUCUGAUGAUGAACCCAAUUCUAGUUUACUUUAUAUUGUUUUUUUUUUUAAUUGAAAAAGAACAAACUGGCAAAUGAAUAAAAAUGGUGAAUGAUAGACCAUUCUAAAGUUGUGUGCUCAUUGUCCAGGCCUUUGAAUAAAGGCGAGCUAGAUGACAUUGUUUUGUUUCAUGUGCAUAUCGUGUCAUUCUUAUGCUGAAAAGGCUGUGAACGUCAUCAUAUAAAUUGUAUAUGUAAAAAAAAAAAUAGAAAGGUUAAAAUAUCUUCUGUCUCCUUCUGCCUCGCUUCCAUUUGAACUGUUUUAAGGAGAACAUUAUUUGAAUCUUGAACGUUUCUUGUCAACAGGGAGCUCAAACUGCCAUCAAAAGUUCAACUGUCACCAUUCAGACACAAAGGGCCAAUGUCAAAGAUGGUGACUUUAACUCGUCCGUACAAUCCAUUUAACAAAGUUUAG